AUGGCGACAGAUACAGCUGUGUCCAGUAACUACGAGGGCGCAUUGGAGAAGCAUUUUGAUCCCAUCGUCUUCCUCCUCAAUUCGCACACUCCAGACAACCUCGACGCGGCAACCGUUGCCCAUCUUCUCCAUCCCUUCUUCAGAAAGGACGACUACUAUGUCGUGAACCUCUCCAGCCUCGCAAACCCGUCCGCGUCUGCGAGAGAGGCGAAGAGAUCCUUAUUGAGUGAAGCGUCUUCGCAGUUUGCUGCGACCUCGCUGCAAGACCGCCUUAGCACUGCUGUCCAGAGCGCACUAACCAGCAUCGCCGCAACGCGACGGGAAGCACAGCAGGCGGUGCUGCAGGCAAAGGGGGCGCAGCUCUCCGCCCUGCAAGCAGACUACAUGGAGGAUGGUCUCUCCACCGAAGAGGCCCUGGCCGCAGCGCAUGCAGAGCUACAAGAGUGUUCCGAAUCGGAGGACGAGGCCAGCUACUCGAGCGCCGGCGAGCGUCUUCCGCCAGCUGUGUGUGUGGUAAACGUACCGUUGUUGCCUGCAGCUGUAGCCCGACUGGCACGCGACGUGGACGGCUUGGCUGCCGUAGUGCUGCUGGAAUCGCCGUGCAGUGUGCGCGAGUUGGUCUCCGUUUCUGGCGCUGGCGGUCGCAAAGCCAGCACCAACGUUACCGUGUCGAACGCUCCGAAUGACCGAACGAAGGGGCGUGGCCCAGGUGCCGGCGCCGCGGCCUCCUCCUCCUCUUCCGCAAGCAAACAGCAUCAUUUCUCCGCAACGGCGGGUGGUAGUGCGGAAGAUCUGCUGGCGGCCCUUGGCCGAGCCGCACUUGCACAACCGGACGAGAGCGCCUUCCAGGACGUUUUGCUGCAACACGUGCCUUAUCCGACGGAGAGCACGAACAGCGCAGGCGCCAGCCCAGAAUCCCCCGCUGUCUUGCGUCCUUCCGUUCCAGCGACGCAGUUUUUACCCACUCUACACGCACUCUUACUGCGCAUUUUUUCCUCCUGGGUGCGGUACGACGCGUGGCGAGCGAGACGAUCCCUUGUGCAGGUGCCCGCUUACACGCCCCUAAUCGACUCCGAAGCGGCGUUGUCUGCGGCGGCAGGCGAAGAUGCCUUGGCUGCAGCAGCGGCCGCGGAGCAACGUCCCAACAAGCGCAAGAGCGGCAGCCCCGGUGGGCAUGAGGACAGCGUUCCCUUACAGAUCUCAGCCAAGCCCCCCACCACGACACCGCACCCAUGCACUAUGGCGCAAGUUGCUGCAGAGCAGUUUGAGUACAGAACGUACAUGCAGCGCUGGAUUCGCAGUGGCUCUGACGGGGGCACUGACAAGAUGCUUGCGGCCGGGGAGGCGGUGCAGGCGUGCCUUAACGGCUGCCUGUGUCAGGUGGCCUCAUUGAAGGGCUCAUCUACUCUACGCACCUCUGCCGACACCUCUGCAGCGCAGCUUGGCGAGGAUAUCGCGGACGCCUGUGCCAGGUGCCGCGUCGCAGUCGCGGUGUCCUCUGGUGCCGCAUUGCGGCCUGCAAAGGACAGUGUUUCCGCGGCUUGCCAGGACAAGAGGACUGCCACUUGCGGUGCCAUGCCCAUCUCCGCUCCGGCGGGCGCCGAACUCGCUGCCGACUCCGUUGAGGAGGCCCUGGCGCUCACUGUCACGGAAGAAGUUGGGUCGACUGCGUUGCCGAGCAUCUCCACAGCACUGAUUACAACUGCCGGAGAUGGAGACGCGCUGCACUGGAUGCGCGACGCGUUGGUGGCGCGUGACCACCAUGGUUGGCACACGGCCGUGCGGAGGUGGGGGAGAACAGCUGUGUGCUGUCUGCAUCAGCAGACCGACGCCAUCGGCGCACCACUUACCCAGCACACUGCGCACCUCCUCGACAGCCCCACCACUUUCCCCCGCUUCUUUCGUGAAGAGGACUUCCUUGAGGCGGAGGGUCGUCACUACGCACCGUCGUCACUGAGCGAUGACACGGACGAGGAUGAAGAGGAGUCGGAGUCGGACUCACCAUCUGAGGAGACGGCGUCGGACUCGAGUGGCGACGAGACCGCUAGCGCUGCGGAGGGCGCGGCCACCAAGAUGGCGCCCGCAGCCGUUCGUGAGCCACCCCCUGCGUGCCCUCCAGUCGACCACGUAGAUGUCGUGAGCCAACACCUGCGUUGGCGGCGUGUGCUGGAGCAGGUGCGCUUGUCCCAUGCUCAGCCUCCCGUGCAAGAGCUCUUGGGGUGCGCUACAUCAUGCCGCACUGCAGUCACAGAGACGCAGUGGAUGCGGGCAGCCGACGGCACGGUCGUCGAGGUGGCACGGACCGCCGCGAACAGUGCACAGGUGCAAUGCACUAUCAUCGACGCUGGCAUGCGUCUUGAAGCUGGGUUCAUGCUGGACUGCCCGCCGCCGACCGUCGACGACUUCGCGAAAGCCACGGCCGCAGACGCGCGUGCGAGCGGGUCGCUGCCAGAGCCGCUCCUCGCAUCGGGAGUCCGCGGCUUUUUGUCACUGGGACGCGAACUUCGUGUCAUCACGGAGGUUGUCGCAGAUAACGCACAGGCCGCGGCCGAGGCCGCCUACGCUGUCGCCGUCGCCGCCGCCAAGGAGGCUGCCGUCACCCAAUACGAGGCGCAGUUCAGACGGGUCGGAAAGGCCUCUAAGUCUCGCGACGAGGCAAAAGCUGCCACUCAUCUCACCUUGGAGCAAAUCACCAAAACACUGCUGGAUGCGCUACCGUCACCUCCGGCUCAACAGCACCCUGAGGGCGGCGAAGGGAAGACCGCUGCCCCGCGAAUAGUAAUGCGGGUGCAUGCCUGCUUCCUUCUGCAUGACUGCGUCAUGAGGACUGCGGCGCCGAGGGACGGGGUUCCAGGGGUUCAACUUCGAUGCCUGACGCCCAGCCAGCACACUACACACCUUCCACGACGCAGACUCCUCUCCGUGCAGCUGUGGAACGAAGGCGUGGUGAGCGCUGUCGCACUCACCCGCCUGCAAGGUAUCGACGUCUAUCUGGACGGCGUGGUGGAGGUGUACUCGCCCGAUCUCGCAUCUGGCGUGCGCCUGCUGCUCUACAAGAAUGGCAGCUACGUUACAGUCUCUGGUCGGUGCCAGCUGCUCGUAUCUCCCGACGGCCGCGUCACCCGCUACGGGAACGGCGAAGGUGGACGUCUCGUGUAUAAACUGCAGCGCGGGCGUGCAACUGCAGUUAGCGCGCCAGCCGUGCAUCGCGUGGAGCGGGAAGAUGGAAUGCAACUGGAGGUGAUAGAGACUAGUGGCGCAGGCGACGAUGGGCAGGCAAGCUUAACACCUUGCAGUCUAGGUCAUGUUCACCGCAUCCGCUUUGGCGACGGGGUGGCGGUGGAACGGGGCGACAAGGAUGGCAUGUGGUCAUGGCGAUUCGUUGGGCUGCCACCCGUGUACUGUGACGUCGCAGCCGACGAAAUUGCCGUAGCGGUUGACGAAGGCGAGCGCGACCGGUUCGCAUACCAACCGCGCACCGACUCUUUCUCUCUCUUCGUGAACAGCGGCAAGGCGGAGGGGGCUAGGGUGGCCGCCGAUGUGGCAAUGAGCAACUGCCGCAUAUCUGUCUUCACGCAAGGCUGUGAUUUGUCCACCGCGCGCGAUGACCAGGGAGGCCGCACCGGCGUGUUUGCGGUAGAUUGUGCGUACGGUGGCGUUUUCGGACGUGUGGGUACAGACCGUGUGUACCGCGUUUCGCCGUUCGGGCGAUGCUCUGAGGAGCUAGAGCACGGUGGGGAUCUGCACUAUCGCCAGUUAGUGCUACCAGAGCACUACAAGAGGCCAAAAAAGACGCCAGAGGUGCUAUUGCUGCCAGAGUAUGCGAGCCCCAGCUUUCGUCGCGCCGUCGCUGGCGAGGGCGGCGAUCUGACAACAGCGCCGAGCACAGACCCCGCCGAUGCCCUUCACCUGCAAGCGUUACCGCUGCUUUUCUCCGAGGCGCCCGCGCGCAUCUCCGCGAAUAAGGCGGCGUCUCCCUAUAAUGCGUUGGCUGCCCAGGAUCCUGCUGCACGUGUGCCACUCCAGGUGCGCUGCACGGCGCUGCAGGAAGACGGCUCGCAGCUCACGGUACUUGAUGCAGCGUCCUGGAUGAAGUGGGUGAUGUGGUGGCAGGCCCACAGCAGUUGGUCUCCCCAAUACUGUUCACCGACGCCAAAGGAGGCCAUCCGCGAGGGUGCGCCGGAGGAGCGCCCCUUCAGACUCAUCAGAGCUUUUCGGGCAAGGCAGGCAUUUGUGCCUCUCACUGAACCCGGCGCAGAAAGCGUCCUGGCAGAGGCGUCUGUGCUGCAGGAAUGCGUGGUGCUGCUGCCUUCUCUUGACGCUACCUCGGCGCCGUCUUGGUGUGCUGCUGGUAGUCUCACGCUGACUAGUGACGUGAGUGGCGUCACUGGCGCCAUCGAUGAGGAAGACACUGCAGCUGCGGCAGCGGUAGCCGAGGCAGCUAAGCCAGUGGACGCUGCACCAGUUUCCGCUGUCGUGGUCCGUGAGGAGGACCAGGCGCCAAUGGCGGCACUCACGGACGCUCACUGCGUGACCGGGUUGUCUGCCGCAGCAGGCCGCCGCGGUGGCUCGCUGAACUACUGGACAUCCGCGUUGUGCCCGCAGGCACUGCAGCCCUCUCUGGACACCUCCAGGACUGAGAGCAAGGGCACUAUGCCAACGGCACGGGCUCACACGGCGACCCCUUCUGCCGAUUCGGCCACGUCCGGCGCCCCGGCGCCACCGUCGCCGACAGUACGAGCAACUGUGCCGAAGAAGACGUUCUCUUCGCCGUUGUUGCAGGUGCCUCUGAUGCACUCGUAUCAUCCUGCGGUGGACGAGCUCACUGGCACCAACGCCUCUUCGCGAUUUCACUUUCCACUGCUGGAGGUGCAGCCGCGGAAGGUGGAAUUCGGCAACGUGCUUCCUCUGCGCAGGUACGUAACGAAGCUGAGGCUGACGAACGUGUCAACGGUCCCGUGUCGCUACCGUGUCCGCGUCGGCGCGGUGGUGCGCCCUUUCCUCUCAGUCUCCUACUCGCGUCAGUUUGUGGCGCCUGGUAUCACAACAGAGGUGCACGUUGAGCUGUCUGGCGGUCAGCCCUACGGCGAGAUGGAUUCCCAAAUCAGUAUUGUGCACGAAGGCGGUGCAGUGGAGGUGAACAUGUGGUGGUGCACGACUGACGAGGCGGGUACAGCGCGUCUGGGUGAUGGAGUAACGUGUGCUGGCUGGACGCUGCACAAACCGGCGAUUCAACACCCACGCAUGCCCGCACAGGAGACAGAGCAGACCGAUGACAGGAGCUCUCUCUCCGACACCGACGUGGCUCUGGACGUGCGCACCGCGUAG